UUAUGCGAUAUUACGUUGGUUAUGGCCUAUCGACAGAAAAAAUAUGUAUUUGUUAUGUAGCGAUAGAGAGGAUGUCGGAUAAUGAGGGUUCAUCUGUCGGGUCCAUUUGGUUGGAGUACCAUCAAUGAAUAUCUGUCGGACUUUUUAUAUCGAUAAAGUAUGAAGGGGGUGCUAAUUAUGUUGUACGUCGUGUGUGGACCGGGCGCCUUGCUAAAUGGAGUCGUUGCCAGUAGUGUAGUAUGUAUCGUUCUCACUGCAUUUAGGCCUUUCUAUUAUAAGGAGGUGUGUCAAAGAUAGCGACAGCAGGAAAGUUAAAAUUGGUUGGGAAUUUGAUUUGAUCAGCUAGCGAAAAGUCACACAAGUACUGCAAAAUACAUUGGAAAUGGGUAAUCGGGAGAAACAAAGAAUAGUUAACGAUUUUGACGAGGAGGAUGGCGGAAGAUUAAUGAUGCGAGCUCAGCGAUCAAAACGACUGCAACGUUUUCGACAUUAUUACCAACACCCAUAUUUUCGAAUAUUUGUCUCAUAUUUCGUGACAAUAUGUAAUUUCUGGAUUUAUGCGGAGGAUCCUGUUGCACACAGCAAAUCAAGAUGUGAAAUACCCGUUGUUGGAAGUACAUUUUCUUUUGUUGCUACGAAGUAUCCACCAAAUGGAUUUUCUGCACUAAAGGUUUUUCUUUGGUUGGUUGCAUUGAUUACUGGUGUAGUUUUUGGAAAGCUUGUCAUCCAUCACCUCUUACUGAAGAGACUUUUUAAGCUCUCCAUGUUUUCAAAUGAUCAGGGCUCAUGGCUGAUUUCUUUUCUGACCACAGUAUUAUCGUUGCUCAUCUUCUCCUUUAUAUAUAACGGAUUCCUUUCCUUGGACAGUGAUAUGAGUGCAUAUAAAAUAACGGGCUACAUUGGUGCUGCAAACCACACAUUCAUGAGAGCUGCUGCUUUGGGAACGUGGUUUGGAGAUUUCAUCACUGCUUGGAUGGUUACAGACAUGAUGUUGCAGGAUAACACGAAGUAUGAAAACUGGAUACCAAAAUUUCGUGCAUGGUGGAAGAAGGGUUUACGCCGUGUUUACUUAUUUUGGACGUUUUCUAUCGUCUUGUCCAUCAUAGUCAUCACAGCUGUUUGCACUCAUUACAUCAACUGGGAUAAAUUUAAUCGUGACGUUAUAUAUACUAAUGAGUUGGGGCGCGCCUUCCUUGCUUCGUUCAUCCUGGUGAUGGAUUUCACGAUUGUCAUGCAGGACUGGGACUUCCCGUUAUUUCAAACAAAUUUGGAUGUGAAAUUACCUGGUUUAAACACAGCUCACAUAAACUUUCGUAUACCAGACUGCUUGCGUCGAGAACACUGGACAAUAACAGUCACUGGGAAAUGGUUUAAUUAUGGUAUUUUGUUUUUUGUCAUGUUGUUAGAUUUAAAUAUGUGGAAAAAUCAGAUCUUUUACACACCACUGACGUUUGGCCAGUAUACUGGAGAGGAUGAUCACAUCUAUAGUGUGUAUGACGAGUUCAGUUUAAAUCAUUACAUGAACAAAACUAUAUAUUCGUACGCCUGGAGGAACUCAACUAUAAAUCCGAUAACCAACGCAACUUAUAUAAGUGCCGACCAUCGAACAAACUCGAGAUAUAGAGGGUAUGCGCUUGCUCUGCGUGGUUUGGCUUUCAUCCCUUCCUUGAUAGUAUUUAUCAUGUUUGGAGUUUUAAUUUAUAUCUUCGGACGUGAGGGCACGGAGCAGUAUGAGAAUGCUGAGUUUAAAAAACGUGGUGUCUCGCUUACUAGUGUUCAAAUUCGUCGCGAUAGGGUAGACAAAGUAGACGGGGAAGAAAAUGAAGGAAAAGCUGAGGAAAGCGAGCCUUCUGAGUCCACUGUCGAGAAACCACAGCAAAGUAACAAUUAUGGCGCCACGGCAACAAACGAAGCCAUGACUGUAACAAAGGUCGAUGUGGAUUAGAUUUUGUCCGCUUUCAAUCUUGCGUAAUUCUAAUGUGAUAUAUAUUUUUAUAAUUAGCCUUUCUGAAAAAAUUAGUGUUCUAAAUUCUGAUAAUUUUUUUUUAAUAUUUGUAAUAAUAAAGGGUUGUGUUUUUAUGUAAUAUUUGAAGUUUAUAACUUCAGAUCUGCAACAAUUUGUUAUGAAUGUUAGAAAAUACAUCAAACGAUACCAGUCUUCAUGCUAAGGAUGUUUUUGUUGUCUCGGAUCUCUCCCGAUGGUAUAAAGAAACUUUUUGUAGAUGCACAAAUGUAAAUUUUAUAUAUAUUGGAUUGGGAACAUUUGGAUGUUAUAAUUAUUUUUUUCUGUUUUUAGUUCAGUUAACGUGUUUAGUUCUCCGUCAUCACGCUUUUUAUAAAUAUUAGAUUAUUUUAUCAUUUACUCGAUUUUUUGCUAAUCGUGGACUAAAUGGAACAACCUGAUAAAUAUUUUCAUUGGUCAUCUACGCUCAAUGUUCUUUAAAAAAGGUAAAUUAUAGAAUUUCUGUGAAGUGAUUCAAAAAAAUCAAAUAUUCAAUUUCAAUAAAUCAAAUUUUUAUUUAAUUUUUUCAGUAAAAGCAGCGAUUUAGUUUUUUUCAUGUCAUUUAAUGCUCUAUUGAUUCGUCUGAAAAACUCAUCACAAUAUAAAAUUAAAUUCUUGUUGAUACAAUAUUACAGCGCAAUCUACUGUUUACCCGAUUUAUGCUGAUUUUGCAAAUCUGUAGAUGUGCACGCAUUCUCGUAGGUAAAAAAGAGGACCUUGUAGAGUAAAUCAGUUUAGGUCAGGUCUGUUAUAUAGAGGUGUCCACUUUAGACAGAUUUCAUUGUAUUUACAAAUGUAACAUAAAAAUUAAUUAUAUAGGAUUCCAUCGUUGUAUAUAUAAAAUUUGAUAUGAUUUUUAUUUAGUUUGGGAAGUAUAUAUGUAAUUAUUUAUCUGGUGCCAUUUGGGUGUUGGUUUCCUGGUGUGGAUUUAAUUUGGUUUUGGAUUUUACGUUGCGUUUCAGAAAAACUACAGCAUUCCUUCUCAGCAUAUUGAAUUAUUCACAUAUGAGCUUUGAUUUGAAAAGUCUUGUUAUAAAUAUUUGAACAGUAUUUUGAGUUCGUUUCGACGCGACUUGUAAAAGAAAUAUUUUUUUAUUCGGUUGGAGGUUGGAGGUGUGACUAAAAUAUAACCCCCCCCCCCUUUUUCACAGCUCUGAACGUUUACUGAUAUCGACUCGGCACACCACAGCUUAUAACAAGCGUCACAUAGAAAAUCUGUGUAGAAGGUACUUGCUCUGGAAAAAAAAUUUUAACAGAUCAUUUCCAUGAUUUUACUUAUUGUUUAUUUUUGUAACAACGCAUCCCACGAUACACAUUAUUUAAUAGUUGUACAAAAGUUACCAUGUAAAUAAAUAUUAGACUAUAAUACUGCUUUAUAUACAAAUUGUUCAUUUU